AUGGUGAAAUUACCGACAUUUUACUCAGCUUUGCUCCUGGCUGUCUCGUGUUUGACUAAUGUCGAGGCCAUUGAUAAAGUUACCCGUUCUGGCCGAUACCUUUACACAAGUUCCGGUCGUUUCUACAUAAAAGGCAUAGCAUAUCAAGAACAAGGAGCUGUAGUUCCUGGCGCAGACAAUAGCUUCCUAGAGCCUUCCACGUUCAUCGACCCUCUGUCCGAUUCGGAUGGGUGCUCCAGAGACUUGCCAUUCCUCCAGAAACUUGGUGUCAAUACUGUCCGUGUUUACAGUGUCAAUUCUUCGUUGAACCAUGACUCCUGUAUGAGUGCCUUGAGUGGGGCUGGAAUCUACACUAUUAUUGAUCUUGCGCUUCCGCUCAAUGGCUCAAUUGACCGUGAUUCUCCAUCUUGGUCGACUAACCUCUUGGACCAGUAUCUUGAGACUAUCAAUGUGUUUAGCAAAUACGACAACGUCUUGGCUUACAAUGUUGGUAACGAGGCUAUCAUAGCAAACACUACCGAUGUUGCACCCUACCUCAAAGCAGCCGCUCGUGACGUCAAGGCAUACCUUAAUUCCAUCUCUUCGUCAGCUCUUGUCGGUUACGCUGCCAUCGACGGUGACUCAACUUUCCGUGUCCCCGUUGCUAACUUUCUGUCGUGUGAUCCCUCCAACUCCAACUCCUCAUCCACAUCCAUUGACCUGUACGGUCUGAACAACUACGAAUGGUGCGGAGAUUCAAGCUUCGAAACAGCAUAUGCAGGUGUAGAAGGAGACUAUGCUGGCUAUAACGUUGCCGCAUAUUUCAGUGAAUUCGGGUGUAUCACGUCACCUCCGCGUCUCUGGACCGAGGUUGCGUCGUUGUUCAGUACCCAAAUGAGCGACGUUUGGUCUGGCGGGGUCGCCUUCUCAUAUUUCCCAGCCACCAGCGCUCAGGGUCAAUUUGGUAUGGUCAACAUCUCUAGCGAUGGCACCACCGUUACAACCGGGGACGAUUUUACAAGACUCCAAGCCCAAUAUGGUAACGUCACCUCGCCUCCUAAUACGCCUUCGCAAGGAUCUUCUUCGGUUACCUAUCCUUCGUGUCCCGGGCAAAAUAGCUCGUUCGCUGCCUCGACCACUUUGCCUCCCACGCCGAACGAAGCAGCUUGUAACUGUAUAGAGAGCACUUUCAGCUGCGCGUUCAAACCCCCCACCAGCAACUAUUCUGCCAUCGUAGGAACACUCAUUGACACCGCUUGUGGCCUUCUUGGACAGGCAGGGAGUACUUGUAAUGAUAUUGGUGGGAACGGUACUUCAGGAGUGUACGGCCGUCUUUCUGGCUGUGACCCUACCAUCAAGCUCUCUUUCACGAUGAAUGAAUGGUACCAGCUCAACGGGAUGCAAUUUGAGGAUUGCAGCUUCUCUGGGAAUGGAAGCGUGAAUCCUUUGGGAGCAUCAGGAACUGCUGCUGCAAUAGCCGCAGAGACUUCCUGCAUUGCCAGUCCUUCUGCUACAUUUACCCCUAGCUUGCCUUCCGGUAUUUCGACCGCCUCUUCCAGCUCUGGAUCAUCCGGCUCUUCUGAUUCAGGAUCUAAUGGUGCAGCUCCGUUACUUGGUGAACACCAGGUACUUUUAGGAAUGCUAAGCGUCGCUUUCAUUGGUGUUGCGAGUGGAAUCUGGACUUUGUUUUAA